AUGAAAACCGAACUAAAACCAACACCAACUAUUACAACAGUUCCAGAUGAAUGGUUCGAAAGUUUACUUAGACAUGAAGGUAUUUCAACAUUAAAUAAUACUUCUGAUACUCCAUCAUUUUUUAUAUUAAUGGGUGAAAUGAAAGAUUUGAAAAUUCCAUCUAGUGAAAUAGUAUUGUCAAAACAUUAUAUUCUUAAAACGAUUUUUUUAAAAGGUGGGGAGCUUCAAGUGAAUUUUCCGUCACCAAAAGUUAAAGUUUUCGUUGGCUAUUUUAAAGAUCCCAAUAAUAGAGAUGGUGAACUAACAGUUUUCUUACUCCGAGAAUUAGAACAAACACACACAUUCAAUGUAUUGCAAAGACAUAUAGAAAACCCUAACCCAAUUAAUGGUUUACAAACUGAUUAUGAAUCAUUUAACCAUCUUUUACAAUUUAUUCAAGAGCAUCAUAAUGAAGGUAAAUCUUUGUGGGAAAUUGAUCCAACACAUAAAUAUGAUAAAGAAAAAUUGUAA